CACCGCCCUGUCAGCGUAGAGGAGGAGAGAGAGAGAGAGAGAGAGUGCGAGCGAGAGAGAGAGAGAGAGCAACUGUGUGUCAGAGGGAAAGAGAAUGAGGCAAGCUGCUUAGAGGAGUGAGAGAGCCGAGGAAGAAAUAAGGAACACAUUUUACAAGAGCAGGAAGAGGGAGGAUCGCAGACGAGGGACUCCUUCUCUACCGGACACCUGGGACACUGUUACCGUGGGGGUUGUUUUUUUUCCCUCUCGCUGGAGCCCAGUGGAUUGACUAACCAGCCGGUGGAUUUUUUCUUUCUUCCUUUUUUUUCUAAAAAUAACACAUCGCUUCAGAAAAACCGGGAUCAUCUCUCCGUGUGUGUUUCUCCUGCCCUGCUCGCUCGCUCGCUCGCCCCACCGACCUCAUCCCCGCAGACUGUGAGAUUUCCUGUGCCUGUGCCUGUGCUCGCGCGUUGUGAUCCUGCUCCGGGCAUCCGUCGGCAAGCCGGUGCUGAGGAUAUCUCCCCCCCCCCCUCUGUCAAACAGGACGGCACGCAGCCACAGUCGGAUCAGACUACAGAGGAGAGAGAGAGAGAGUGUGUGUGUUUGUGUGUGUGUGUGUGUGUGUGUGUGUGUGUUUGUGUGUGUGUGUGUGUGUGUAAGAGAGGGAAAGAGAGAGAGAGAGUCAGAUUCCCAGUGUGUUUGAGUGCGAGGCAGAUUAAAGCCCAGGCGAAAAAGACUGGAGUGAAACAGCUCAAAUAGAGAAGUGAACCUACACGUCCUCUCCCCUUUCUCCUUGCCAUCCCUUUUCCUCCUCCUCUCCUCCUCCUCCUCUUCUUCUUCCUCCUCUCCCCAUUUUCCAACAUCCACAGGACCGCCAGGGCUUCUGCCACCUGCGCCGCCUCACGUCUCCUCUUUCCCUGCUCUUCCUCUUACCUCACCCUUCACCACGCGUUACCCGUCCACAGCGCCAGCCGCUGACGGGGUGAGCGAGAGAGAGACGCCGCUCUCGGGUUCUUGCACUUGUGGAAAUAUUUUUUCUUUUCUUUUUUUUUUUUUUUUUGCCGACCGAUCCGCCGGCGAGAGACUGUGUGAGCAUCUGCAACCCGUCAGCUGAGGCUUUUCCGGACCGUUUCCAUCGGGAGCCUAGACCUUCUCCGCGCUGCUGCCCCCCCCCCGUCCUCCCCACGCAGACCCUGCCUUCUCCCUGGAGGACUGGCUAGCGACAGAGUGGUUGCGGACAGUGAAGACCGGGAAUUGCACAGCUCCUCCACUGCCUCUAUCCCACUGCUCGCUGUUCGGCAGCCCCCACCCCGGUGUCACCAUUCCCUGCCUCUGUGCUAAGGAUUCCAGCUACAUGGGCAAGCGAUUGGAGCAGCAGCCAAUGUACCCUCAGUACACCUACUACUACCCCCACUAUCUCCAGACCAAGCAGUCCUAUGCUCCACCCCCUCACCCGAUGGCUCCUCCCAGCCCCAGCACCAACAGCUGCAGCCAGGGAGGGGCGGAGCAGCUGAGCAAGACCAACCUCUACAUCCGAGGCCUGCCACCCGGGACCACCGACCAGGACCUCAUCAAACUCUGCCAACCGUAUGGAAAAAUAGUGUCAACCAAGGCCAUUCUGGACAAGAACACCAACCAGUGCAAAGGCUAUGGCUUUGUGGAUUUCGACAGCCCAGCUGCAGCACAGAAGGCCGUGUCAUCUCUCAAAGCCACCGGGGUGCAGGCCCAAAUGGCCAAGGAUGAAGUAAGAGGUGGUCAGCAGUUCAGAGGGAGAAAUAGGAGGCAGGUAGAUGAAUGGCACAUGGGGGUCUCCAGCCCCUCCGAGCAACAAGAGCAAGACCCCACCAAUCUGUACAUCUCCAACCUGCCGGUUUCUAUGGACGAGCAGGAGCUGGAGAACAUGCUGAAGCCGCUGGGCCACGUCAUCUCCACGAGGAUACUGAGGGACGCCAACGGGGUCAGCAGAGGAGUGGGAUUCGCCAGGAUGGAGUCCACAGAGAAGUGUGAAGUAGUGAUACAGCAUUUCAAUGGAAAAUACCUGAAAACCCCGCCGGGCAUCCCAGCUCCCACAGAGCCUUUGCUGUGCAAAUUUGCCGACGGAGGGCAGAAGAAACGCCAGAGCCAGAGCAAGUACCCCCAGAACGGGCGGCCGUGGCACAGAGAAGGCGAGACUGGCAUGGCGUUAACAUACGAUCCCAGCGCAAUGCAGAACGGGUUCUACUCCUCGCCUUACAGCAUCGCCACCAACCGCAUGAUCGCACAGACUUCCAUCACGCCCUUCAUCGCUGCUUCCCCUGUUUCCACAUAUCAGGUCCAGAGUACGUCAUGGAUGCCUCAUCAACAAUAUGUUAUGCAACCUACAGGUGCAGUGAUCACGCCGGCCAUGGACCACACCAUGUCCAUGCAGCCUGCCAGCAUGAUGGGCCCUCUCACCCAGCAGAUGAACCAUCUGUCCAUGGGCACUACAGGAAGUUACAUGACUGCUGCAGCCGCCGCCGCGCCUAUGCAAGGGACCUACAUUCCCCAGUACACUCCGGUGCCUCCAACAGCCGUCCCUGUCGAAGGAGUGGUGACGGACGCCUCCCCCCAGUCUGUGGCUCCCUCAUCACAGGAGGUGGCGGGCCAGCAGCAACAGAUCCAGGUGGACAGCGCUGCCGACCACGUUCCCGCUUACUCAUACCAGUCCAAAUAACAGCGGCCUGAGCGAAUGUUCCUGUGACAGCGUUGCCUUGAGACAGAAGGUGGCUGCACUGUGAAUGUGAGGAAAAGAAGAGCGUAGAAAGAGAUUGCUUCCAGAUUGCCCAGGCACCAAAAAAGAGACAAUAUUUUCAUUUCCUACCUGGCCUACGAGGAGAAAAAAAAAAAAAAAAAGAAGAAGAGAAAAGAAAAGAG